UGUAACUCCAUCGAACGCAGGAGUGAUGAAGAUUUGUUGAUCGUAUAAGAAAAAUAAUAACAAAUUCAGCCAAGUUUCUUUGUAUUUUAUCGGCAAUUUAAUCUUAAAUUGAUGAAUUAUAUAAUUCGCUCAAUUCAUAAUUCGUAGCAAACUCAAAAAGUUCAUACACAGUGUAAUUGAAUUCCACGGGAACCCUAUAUCUCAUUGCUAAAGGUGAAAUUUUGGGAUGGAGGGCGGCAAGAAGAGAGGCUACGGGUGCGCAAUUUCAGCUGGACUCAACGCCGCUCUCGCCGCCGUAUCUGCUAAAUUCUUUUCCUCCCAGUUGAGAUAUGCUCUGGUUAUAUUUUUCAAUGUUGUGAUGUGGGGAUGUUAUGUUAAUAGCAUGAAGUCUCUCUCAUCUUUACAAGCUACAGUCACCAACUUUGCGACAAACUUUCUCUCUUCUGGGUUGGCUGGAUUCUUCCUCUUCGAGGAGGCACUAUCUGCUAAGUGGUUUGCAGGUGCUUUGCUAAUUGUAAUUGGUGUUAUAGUUCUGAGCAAAUCAAGCAUCGAGAAGAAAACACAUCAAAGUUAGAUGCCUGCCUUUUGGGUUUGUCAUAUUCCUUAUGCGGCUGAUGGCCGAUCUUCCAUACUGUUCCAUGUUGUCAUAACUGUGGCCUAAAGUCGAUAUCUGAGUUUAGAAUGCGGAGGAAGCAACAUGCAGUAAGGAGAUUGUUUUGUUGGCAAUUAGCACAAAAGAAUCUGAAUACUGGUAGAAUAAGAGUUUUGGAUGAUCUAUAGUUUGUUGUAUGCCACAAGAAACAUUGUAUUUAAACUCGCCCUCUGUUUGCUUCUUGCCUUGCUAAUUCAGCAUGAACAGGGAUCAGUCAUGUGUGAAAUUCUAUUUUCUGA